AUGGGCAUAUAUCGAGGGGUAAAAUACGUAUUGGCCUUUGGCGCACUGUAUCUACAUCUUAUUGACGACCUCGAUGCGCUUGUUUGCGAUUUUGAUCAUCCACAUGGAUUACUUAGGAACAAUGCUCUAGCCACGUGUGACAUGGAUAGCGAUAUUUUUUCAUCUGCAACUGUGAUAUGCCCACACCGAGUCAAUGACACCAAUUACGUCUUGCACCCUCAACCAACGCCUGACGAUACCACUCAUAUCAACGUGUACAGUAGUGAUGAAGGUAAGUUGCGUUCUGUAGCUCUUUCUCAUGUCGUGCGCACUGAAUCCGAGGACAAACUGUUCUGGAUAGAUUCCAACCAGUCGCAAACGGAAGUGCAUAUAGAUUUUUCAGUUCAAGAAUUGUUCACCAUUACUGAAAAGCGUCUGAUCUUCAUUUGCGGUCCACGAGAUUUGGUUCUGAGUGAUGCAUUGCAACGUCACCUUGACCUGCUCAAUGGCGUUGAUCAAAUGCAACCACUUCCUUGGACUACAGCCACGCCAUUGGUUCAGGAGAUAUCGAAGAUAGGGAAGGGGCUGGGAGUGUUUUACCUGAACAGGGGAAGCCUGCAUCUACCGCUGCAAGGUUGUGGAAGCCGACCGUCACCACUGUUCGCUACUGACGAGGUGACUGUAGACCCUGUAACCGGAACACGUUCGUGUGUGGCGGAUCCCAUGUCAAAAUCGCCUAUUGGUUUUCUUUGCGAAGGUCGCCUUGAACCUGAGGAUUGUAUGAAAUCGUUAUUGGAAAAGGACGGUGACGUUAUCACCGCUCCUCGACCGUAUUCAUAUCUGAACUUCAGCAGCCAUAGACCUUGGGUGGUGGCGCGGUAUUUUCACGAAUUAGCAGUACCUCCCAUUAAUGGUGACUGCAGGUGUAUAUAUCCUGAAACGGGAGCUGUGAAUGCCAGGAUGGAGAUCCGUACGAAAACCGAAUACGUUUGUGACAUCUCCAGCAUGAUAUUCCGCAACCGCGUGCACCCUAUACGUGGUCCUUGGUGUUCGGUUGUUCUCCAUCCGGGAAGCACCUUGACCAUACGGUUGCCGAAACAGGCCGUCGACCCAGAAUUCACCGGUGAGGAUUUUUCUGGUGUCCCCUUCUCACAACUGCCGUCUGCAUAUGAAUACGAAACAGAGUUUCUGCCGAAGGACUUGACUACGCUACUACAAAUGAAAACAGUUGGUGACAUCAACGCUUACGACGAAGUGUUGUACCAAGAAGCUAUUGUUGGUGACGCCCUUGAGUUGGAUGUUUAUCGAAUGUCACAGGGAGAGGUUAAACUGAGGUACCAUUUGGACAAACCCUUGGCAUUACGGCAUGGAACAAAUUCGUUCAAUUAUCAUUGGACAUUGAUAUCGAGGAACGAGAAUGUCAUUGAUAGGAUACGUGCCAUCGUCAACGUGUCCUUUGCGUAUAAUUAUCAGUACACAUUGCUUGGUUGUGACCGAGAGCAAAGAAGUGUUUUUGAUCAAAAUAUGAGCAAGGACUAUUGUUCGGUCAAAUCGAUGAAAAAUGGGAUCGGAAGCACCUACGAAUGCACUUACAAUAUUAAGAGGGACGCUUGCCAGAUUGGCAUCUACUGCGGUUCAGACGAAACUCUUCUGCCAAAUAAUUGCGAAUCCACAGGAUAUGACCUCUAUUCUAACCGCAUUAUUCCUAUGCGUCCAUCUGUUAUAAAUGUGACGCCAUAUCCCAUUCGUGGGUUUCAGGUUCUCAACUUUAAAUUUCAGUACAACACCCCUGUCAGUUAUGCUUGCAUAUGUAUCAAUCAAAAUGGUUACGAAUCUUCGAGACUUAUUCUAGAGUCCAACCGCCAAGGUAGAUAUGCCUAUACAGUGCGUCGAGAAGAGGCGGUUCACACAUUGGUUCCCUUCAUAUUACUACCUUGGCAUGAGACAGGGUUACCAACUGAAGAACAGACACAACCCAGAUCCAUUGUACUAUAUAACAUACAGCAAAAAUUGGUCAUACUAAACGUGGGUACAACGUUGUUCAUGAACUGCGAAAGUGACGUCACUCCGUUAUUAAAGGUUGGACGGUCUUCAGACUUCGGUGUGAGCUCUAGCACAAUACCGAUAAAAUGGCUGCCGGAUCAUCCCGAUUUGUACUAUUAUACUAUCACCCAAAUGCCCAAUGGACCUGAGGUUGUAAAGGCAGUAUAUGGCGAUAAAAUAUCUACUACUCAGGGCGGUUUCCAGGUUGCUUACAACGAGAACAUACACACAGUAGGAUACCAACGUUUGACGAUUACAUCUCGUAGAGGCGCCGUUAUUAUAUCUAAAGAUCCACUACACAAGCAAUUCGUGCCGAUGACGUUCGUCUGCGGCAAGGUGCCCGAAACAUCGGAUUUGUCCAUAGUCAAUGACGGUGCAUCAACUUCGGCAACGUCUUCACCAAGUAAUCUUCAGACCAUAGGAUCCUCGGCGCGAUACACGUGGAAUGUAGUGGAAGUUAAAGUUGAGACGACGGACCCGUACAUGCAAGGAUGCGGAGUUACGUACUCUUCAGAUGCGUUAUUCAAGCAAGAGACGCCCCAACUCUACGACUCUGACGGGCAACCUCAGUUUGGCUGCCGGAUCGACAUUCAGGCUGCAGGCGAGGCGGCGUUCUACUGCCCAGCACCGUACGUUCUCGACCCACCCAACUGCUUCAGCCAGGCCUCCGUGGAAGGUGAAGUUAACAACACAGGUGACCUAAGCCAGUCGUUGGUAGCAUCUCAAUCCAACCACUUCGUAAUUCUGAGUUUUGAUGGUUCUCUGGUAGGACCUGGGGAGACCCUGCGCCAAACACCUCCGUUGGAGUGCCGCUGUAUCACCAUCAAGGGCGCCAUACUCUCAACCAUCCAGAUCGAGAACUACUACUCGAAGUGA